CAGCGCGCACCCGAGAACUUCACUUUUGUUUUGGACACUUUAGCAGAGAAAUACUUUAAGAACAACACAACAUGUAAGCGAAGAACUGGACCAGAACACAUCUUAUGACAUCUGUUCUACUCCGAACUACUCCUUUUAUCGUUUUUUUUUUGGAAAUUAAAAGUUUUUGCCCAAUGAAACGAACGACAUUUUUCAGUCAGGAAGUUUGACUUUUUCGGAGCAUACUUUUCACAUUGUUUUGACAGGAGAAAAAGCUCACAAACGGGAGACUAAAGCUACGAGUGUGUUUUAUAUUUAAAUCCGUUUGUCGGUUAUAACGGUAGACCAGGACAGCAGCUAAACAAAGUUUUAUAGUUGUUUAAGUAGAAAUCGAGCGCUCCUAUUUUUCAAACGCUUCUACUUUUACUUAACGUUUUUAUAAGCCUAAUUUAGUAAAAAUCACUUUGCAGUCGGCGUUGGAUGUGUGUAAUUUGAUAUCGUGGCGUUUUGCUUAUUUAGCAGAGGAUAAUUUACCCAAAUAUGUCAACAGAACCGAAGAAAAUGUGCAUAGUUAGCAGGAAGAGAAGCCGUUAAAAAUCACGGAAAUGUGCGGAGUAGCGGUACAGUUAUUAAUCUUGAUUUGAACUUUUUGUCCCAUUUUUAUCAUGUUUAAGGAGAAGUUUUUGAGUUUUCUCUGGACAAAGAUGUUAUUUUUUUAGCAGCGACAUGUAGCUUCACUGCGGGACUUCUAGCUACACUUUGGACGUGACUUUUAGUGUCUUUUACUCCGAGUUUACGGUAAAGACAGACUCGAUGAUCGGGGGAUUGGACCAGAAGCACGCGCGCGGACCGGUGUGUCUACGCGCGUGAGGCUGCACUGAUGGACGUGAGACUGUGCGUGACCUGCGCAGCUACACACGUGACCCACGCCGAGGUGAGAGGCCGCUGGCAUCACAGAGACACAUUUUUGGAGAGCUGCACGAUAGACCACCAAGUCCACAAGCAGCGGCGCCAUGAAUGAGAGGCAGGCGCUUCACUCCAUCAUGAAGGACCUAGUGGCUCUACAAAUGACUCGCCGACAGCCCAUUUUGUCCUAUGAUGUUGGAAAACCAAAGCCCUCUGCUCCGGUCAACAGACAGGAUGAUGUGAGGAUAAAGUUUGAAUUUUCCGGCGAGAGGAGAAUCCUCAUGUUUGGGCGGCCAGUGCAGUUUGAGGAAGUCCUGCAGAAAGUCAAGAGCGUGUUUGGUCAGCAACUGGAUCUACAUUAUAUGAACAAUGAGUUGUCAAUCCCUCUCAAAAGUCAAGAUGACCUGGACAAAGCCAUAGACCUGCUGGACCGGAGCUCCAACAUGAAAAGCAUUCGGAUUCUGCUGCUGACACCAGAACACUCCAAUACUGUGUCCUGCUCACACCCAGUGCCCUGUAAACAGGUGAGGAUCAGUACCUCACAGUCAACUGGAGACAGCACCGCAUACCAGCCUCCAGAGUCCAGGGGGCGCCAGCAUUCAACCGGGUCCCAGAACACAGGCCGCAGUUCUCCUCCUCCGGGCUACGUUCCUGAGCGUCAGCAGAGGAUUGCUCGUCAGGGCUCCUACACCUCCAUCAACAGUGAGGGAGAGUUCAUCCCAGAGACCAGCGACCAGUGUGUGAUGGAUCCUUGGAGCAGUGCCGAAAACUCCGUCUCUGGAAGUUGUCAGUCUUUGGACAGCAAUUCAGACAGUCCAUCACUGAGGAAGUCCAGGAUGCACCGGGCCAAGAGCUAUCCCGACAACAGACUGGAAUGCUCAGACCGGGAGAAUCACAUGUAUGACAGGAUUGUGGGUAAAGGAGGCACAUAUCCGCGGAGGUACCAUGUUUCUGUUCAUCAUAAAGACCACAGUGAAGGUCGGCGAACAUUUCCUCGAAUACGGCGUCCACAGGGAAACCUCUUCACCCUUGUCCCGUCGCGGAGGUCGCUCAACGGGAGUGAGGAGAGCUUAGGGAGCUGGCAGCUAGUGGACGCUCAGGGAAGGCUCCGCCCACAAGAACGCACUGUCAACCAUAAAUCUCCCAGUGCUCCGGUGACCUGGCGCAGGGGAAAACUCUUGGGGCAGGGGGCGUUUGGGCAGGUCUAUCUGUGCUAUGAUGUGGACACUGGACGAGAACUGGCUGCUAAACAGGUCCAGUUUGACCCCGACAGUCCAGAAACAAGCAAGGAGGUCAGUGCUCUGGAGUGUGAAAUCCAGUUGCUGAAAAACCUACAUCAUGAUCGCAUAGUGCAGUAUUACGGCUGUCUGAGGGACCACUGCGAGAAGACCCUCACCAUUUUCAUGGAGUACAUGCCUGGGGGAUCAGUGAAAGACCAGCUGAAGGCUUAUGGGGCUCUGACUGAAAAUGUGACGAGGAAAUACACCAGACAAAUCCUAGAGGGCAUGUCCUAUCUCCAUAGCAACAUGAUUGUGCACAGAGACAUCAAAGGGGCCAAUAUCUUGCGGGACUCAGUGGGAAAUGUGAAGUUAGGGGACUUUGGAGCCAGUAAGAGGCUGCAGACCAUUUGUAUGUCAGGCACGGGGAUCCGCUCUGUGACUGGCACUCCCUACUGGAUGAGCCCGGAAGUGAUCAGUGGAGAGGGCUAUGGUAGAAAGGCAGACGUCUGGAGUCUUGGCUGCACUGUGGUGGAGAUGUUGACAGAGAAGCCUCCCUGGGCUGAAUAUGAAGCCAUGGCGGCCAUUUUCAAGAUCGCUACUCAGCCCACCAAGCCCCUGCUCCCCCUGCAUUGCUCUGAACAGGCUCGGGACUUUAUCCACUACAUUUUUGUGGAAGCCAAGCAGAGGCCCAGUGCGGAGGAGUUGCUCAGACACCCCUUCUCCCACAUACUGUGCUGAAAGCUGCCGAUGUUAUGAACUCCAAACACGGCGGUAUCACUUGUAGCUGCCAUGAAAUCCAAACAGAGCCAGACGUCAGUGUUAUCCGCAGUCUGUCUGCUUCUCGAGACACUGCAAAGAUGUUUUUGUUGAGAGCAGGAGUCAACAAUCCUCUUCUACAAAUGCUCUUCCAAAUGUUACCACCAGAGGGAUACACAAGCUCACUGUUGUUUGGUGUUGUGAACUACAAAAACUCAAUAGGUUUGUUCAAAGCUGCAUUUGUACAUUUAUCCAGUAUUUUUACUCAUGAUGCAUUUCAACGAUUUAAACAUAUUUUCCAAAAUACAGUUUUGGAUUGGAAGCUCCACCAUUAGAGCUUCCAUUAAAAAGAUAUAGAAUAUGUUAUUACUCACACUGGGUUUGAGGUUGAUUUCAAGCUGUAGAACAGGCCUUUGUAGAUUGGACUGUGGUUAAUUACAGUACAUUUGUAAGAAACUAUACUGCUAGCAGUUAGUGCUUUCAGAAUGAGUAGGUGUCAGUUACAAUAAGGUAUUUAAGUAAGUUGACCAGUGGAAACUAUGGUUAGUCAUAAAGGAAGCAGGUUAAGUGUUAAUUAUGAAGUGGGGAAGUGUUUUGGGUGGUCUUGGAUGUCAUGUAGUGUGCCUAAAGAACCCAGACUAACCUUUGAGAUUGUGAUGGUGAAUGCAUCUCAGAGGAUAAGAUACGACUUCAGUUGUAUUUGUUUCUGAAUGGUGAGCAUGUUCUAUAUUCAUACAGUCACUACAGUUAUAGUAGAUUGGUUAAGGUGCGAUUUUGCUUAUUUUCCAUCUCAUCCAAAUUUUCAGUAUGGGCUUUAUAAAAAUCCUUAGCAUCUUUAAGUGUCCAAAAAGCUCUAUAUAAAUCAGAUGUAUUAUUAUUAUUAUUAUUAUUAUUAUUAUUACUACUACUAGUAUUAUUAGCAUUAGUAUUAGUAUUAUCAUUAUCAUCAUUAUUAUAGGGCUCUAGUUUGGUUGCCUUAAUUUAAAAUGAAUGCUGUUUUGUUUUUCUUUGUUUUAUAAGGGGGCCAUUGAAAAUCAGAUGCACUUUCAUAUUCAUUUAAAAAAUGUGAACAAUGUUCCUUUUAUUUAUGUACAGCUAGUUACUCUUCUUCAAAGAAAGCAAAAUAUAUAUUUUUUAUAUGCAAACAAUCUAAUAAUACUUAAGUGUUGUUAGAGUUAAAUGUGUUAAAGCAACUGGUUUUGCAGAUAAUACAAAAUAUUAAAUCUUGAAUGCUUGGCAUAUGGACCCUGGCUAGCUGGGCCAUUAUCCCGUGAAGAUAAUGAUUGUUCUCCAGUUGUAAUUAUCAAGAAAGCAGGUUUUUAAUUGGCCUAUUACUUCAACUGGAUUUGAACCAAGGAUAGCCAAGAGUCAAAUGACCAAGUGAAAAGACGACUUUGGUUUUCCCAAGGUUUACUCUCCACCAUAGAAUUCAAUCAUUUCAUUUUGCUAUGGAAACUGGGAAAAGCAAACGAAAAAGAAUAGUAGUAUAAUCUAUGACAGGACUUGCAGUGCAAUGUUGAAUAUCUCAAAAUAGUUUUACAUAAAGAAAAGCUUUGUAACUACUACAGUUUAAUAUGAAAUGUUACUUUCUCUCCCAAGCUGGUAAAUAAAAUUGAAAAAAAUGU